AUGCUGAAAGCACUGGUGGUGAGAAGGGACAUGCAGACGGACCUUGGCACCAAGCGUUUUACUGCGCUGGGAGUGGCGUUUUGCCCACAUGGCCCAUGCCGCCACCAAAAUGUCGUGUGGGUUGGGUGGAAGGAGAAGUAA